GCGCAACCUGUGUAGAAGAGGAGGGAAAUAAAAGGAAGAUGAGGCGAUGAGAGAGAAAAUCUAGAGAGAGAAAGUGAAGAGAGAGAAGGAAGGAGGGAGAGAGAGAGAGAGACAGAGGUGGGUUACUCUGGGACUGAGCCGGGUGACCGAGACGAGUCUAACCCAACAAAAUUCACAGCAGGGGUGUGUAUUUGUGUGUGAGUGGGAAUAACAAAAAAAUGGAGAAGAUUACUACGAGUCUCCUUUACCACUAUACUUAUAGUGAGACCCUCACAACAACAACAACGCUCUCUCUAACCCUAACCCUAACCCAACUACGACCUUUCUCUUUCUCUCUCUCUCUCUCUCUCUCUCUCACCGACCCCCCAUUCUCUGUCUUAUUUAUAUCUUCUUCUCUCUCCCCAUCUUUCUCUCUCUACCCUUCUUCUUUUGGGUUCUUCUCUCCCAGGGCUCUUCAAUUCUUUUCACGGCGACCCAAAUUUUCAUUCAUCAACGAGUAUUUUUAGAUUUGCUCCAGCUUGUUGCUUUUAUGACCAUUCCUUUCAACAUCUGAUUAAUAUUGGCACUCGAGGAAUUGUGUUUUAAGAUCCUUUCUUCAUGGAAGAGCUUGGGAGCCCCCAGUUUGGAGGUAUAGGAAACAUUAUAAGAAAGAAGAGGAGCCAAACUUCCCGGCGACCUAGACCUGAGUCACUGCAGUUUUCUGAAAGUCAUGAUCAUUCACCCUUAACAUUGACUCCGGCUUUGGAUGAUGUGAGCAAGGUUUCCAGUGAUGAGAAUACAGGGGGCGACACUAAUUCUAGGAGGAAAGAGUUCAAUCUUAAUCGGUGUGUUUUGAAGGGUUCUGCUAGCAAAGCAGGUGGAUACCCUCAUAAGAGGAUUAAGAAGGAUGGGUCAUCUGGUUUGUCAUAUGGUAAUGGAGGUUUGGAAGAUAGCAUUGAUCAGGGAGGGAGUGGGUUGAAUCAGAGACAGUGUAGUGAAGAAAUCUCCACCCCUGCUAAGUGGAAAAGCACAAGCAAGACAAAGGGAAGCUUGGAAUUGCGGUCUACAACUUCAGAUAUACAUGAUGGAAGGAAUGGUGAAAUCCCAGGUUCAGAACAUCCAAGAAUGAAUGGGAAUGAACUUGGAAAUAAUAAGCUUAAAAAGGUUAAGCUUAAGGUUGGUGGUGUCACAUCUACGAUUCAAACAAAGUCUAAUUCACAAGGUGCAUCAGGUGGUGGGUAUUCUACAAAAAAUUCUAGAACUUCAGAUGCUCCUCGAUCACGUCCUAAGCUUAUUCUCCAGGACAAUUCUGAUGAUGAUAAUUCUCCUCCGUAUAAAAACAGUGGCAUGCUAGGUAUUCCGUGGAAGGAUUUCUCAAGAGACAGUUCUACUUGGGCAAAGGAGGAUUCUUCCAUGGGGAAGAUGCCCAGCAAGAAUGCAUCUGGAAACCAAGUUGAGAAAUCAGAGCCAGUUCGUAAGAGCAAGAGGGUGCCAAAGAGACGUGUAUUGGAUGGGGCAUUUGACGAAGAUGAUGAAGAUGAUGAGAUUAGAUACCUUGAGAAACUGAGAACUUUUAAGAUUGCUGCUGGAAGGGAAGAUUUUGAGGAAGAAUCAAUCAAGAAACAACAACGAAUUUCUAGGGUUUCUAAGAAUGGUAAGUGUGAUGAGAUUUUGGAAGAUUUUGCCUCAAUGUCAAGUAAAGACGGUAAAAAGAAGUCCCGAUCAGAAAGAGGAUCCGAGGACACAGAUUAUGAUGAGGAAGAAGAACUGGUGUCCGAUGGUGAGCCUGGAGGCAACAAAAAGAAGAAACUGAGGAACGAUUCCAUUGAUUCGUCAAUUGAAAGUAAGAGGGAACCGGCUCUCACAACUCGCCAGCGGGCCCUUUUGAACAAAGAUGCUUCUUCUGCAUCUGGUGCAAGUGUAAUUGAAUUCCCCAGUGGAUUACCACCCGUCCCUCCUCGAAAGCAAAAGGAGAAGCUUUCAGAAACGGAGCAGCAGCUGAAGAAAGCUGAGGCUGCUCAAAGACGUAGAGUGCAAGUUGAGAAGGCGGCUCGGGAAUCAGAGGCUGAGGCAAUUAGGAAAAUACUUGGGCAAGAUUCCAGUCGGAAGAAGCGAGAAGAUAAAAUAAAGAAGCGCCAGGAAGAAUUGGCACAGGAGAGGGCUGCCAAUGCACUGAUGCUUCCUUCAAGCACCAUUAGAUAUGUCACAGGCCCUACUGGGACUAUUGUUACAUUCUCAAAGGAUAUGGGGUUGCCUAGCAUUUUUUACUCCAAACCUUGCAGUUAUCCUCCCCCGCGUGAAAAAUGUGCUGGCCCAUCUUGUACCAACCCAUACAAGUACCGAGAUUCGAAGUCCAAACUUCCUCUUUGCAGUCUCCAUUGUUACAAGGUGGUUCAUGAACAGCUGCAGCCUGAAACUACCGGCUAAUGUUGCUAUUAUCUUGACCAUUCCCUGGUGUAGGUGACCUGCAUAUUCAUGUCAAUAUAUCUUGUAUUGAGAGUAGUCCUGAAACAUAUUUUAUAUAAUUGCAUAAUGUUGAGAUGUAUAGGAAUUGCAAUUCGGUUACAUGCUGUAAUACACAGCUGGAAAAUUCAAUAUACAUGUGGAAUUCUCCUCAUGCCCUCUGAUCCUUAUUUGGUUGA